GUAUUAGUUGAUAUUAAAGUAUAGUUGAAGGGGUUUUCGCGUAAUUAACCAAAACAUAAAAAUCAAAAAUUCCUGAACGUCUGUCAUUUCUCCCUUUCGAGAAGCGCACACAUUAAACGAUUUUCUCUCGCUUUCUUCUCUGCCAAACACCUCUAAGAAGGAGCCCCCGUAGGGUUUACAGAGAAUCUCCGCGAACUUUGUCUCUUUCGCGUAAUUUGCCGCCUCAAAAUCCUCCUCGGUUCGAUGCUUCUGUAAUUCCCUCCCUGUGUCCUCACCUUGUCCCGGUUCGUUUCGCCCUCUGGUGGUCGGUGCUAGGGUUCCGCGUAAAUGCAGUUGUUGAGUUCUCUUUUCACAUCUCAGGCAUUGCUUGGGUCUCAGCAAUUGCUCAAUUUGGAACUUACAUGUUCUUGUUUCCGUUACUGAAGUAGGGUUUAUAGAUCGAAAUAUUGAUAAACCGGGCUGGAGAUUGGAUUGUUUGAGUUGGUUUGAUUUAGGGUGUUCUCCCUACCCGUCAUUCUCUUUUUGUUCCUUUUUGGUGGGAUGAAUAGCGUGUUCAGCGAGCAGAUACUUGCGGACAAGCUUUCAAAGCUCAACAGCACUCAGCAAUGCAUCGAGACAUUAUCGCAUUGGUGUAUUUUUCAUCGGAGCAAGGCCGAGCUAGUUGUUGCAACAUGGGAAAAACAGUUCCAUAGUUCACAAAUGGUUCAAAAAGUUCCACUUCUGUAUCUUGCAAACGACAUCCUACAGAAUAGCAAGCGUAAAGGAAAUGAAUUUGUUAGUGAAUUUUGGAAGGUUCUUCCAGCAGCAAUCAAAGAUGUUAUUGAGAAAGGUGAUGAUGACGGGAAAAAUGUGGUGUCCAGAUUGGUUGCUAUUUGGGAAGAAAGGAGAGUUUUUGGAUCCCGUGCAAGGAACCUUAAAGAUAUAAUGCUCAAAGAAGAAUUACCUCCACCCUUGGAGUUUGGCAGGAAACGUUCUCGAUCUAUCAAAAUUGUAAAGAGGGAUUCACGCUCCAUUAAAAUGAAAUUGACAAUUGGAGGCACAGCAGAAAAAAUAGUUUCUGCAUUUCACUUGGUACUCAGUGAACAUGCAAGUGAGGAUGAAGAGACAAGGAAAUGUAAGUCAUCUGUACAUCGCAUAAGGAAGAUGGAGGAAGAUGUUGAUCUGGCCUGUAGCAAAGCUAAAGAUCCAAAAAGGAAGACUUUGUCCAAAGAAUUAGAGGAGGAAAAAGAUGUUUUGAAACAGUGCAUGGAGAAGUUUAAGACAGUUGAAGCAAAUAGGUUAGCCCUGGUAUCCCAAUUACGAGAAGCAUUGCAUGAACAGGAAUCAGAACUGGAGAAUAUCCGCACUCAGACGCAGGUGGCACAGGCUCAGAUAGAGGAAAUCAGCAACAUGCAAAAGUAUCUUGAUGAUGAAAAUUAUGUUGGAUCUUUGAAACAAGUAACUGUGAUCCCAACAUCUGUGCAUGUGAAUUCUAAUGGUGUAGAAGUUCCCAAGAAGACAGCUGCAGACAUUGCAGCUGAGGUUGCUGACAAGCUUGCAGCUUCCAGUUCUUCUCAAUAUAUUAUGUCUUCAGUUCUAUCCACAUUUGCGGCUGAAGAGGCCAAAAAUGCUGGGCUGACAAAGUCUUCCUCAUCAUCUGCUACUUUCCCUCCUAUGCAUGCUCAUUCUGUCAGUAGCACGCCAACACGGCCAACAACUGCACCACCAAUCAACACAUAUCAAUCAAUUUUGGUGUCACAGCCAACUUUGCAAAGUCAACCUGUUACCUCUCUGACACAAUACCAUAUGCUUCCUAACCCUUCAUCCCAGCAGUAUCUGCCACCAUCAGGUGGAAUUGUGAAUUCAUAUGCCUAUGGGAACGUCCCAGCCUUGCCACCAGUGCGACCCCCAUCUCACAUUGUCAGUCCUGUGUUGAAUCAGCAACAGUUGCAGAUGACCCAGCCACAGCCACUAAAUUUUGCUCAGCAGCCAUCAGUAUUGCCUCAACAGCGGUUGAUGCCAUUACCUCAGCAACAACAGCAGCCUCCAAGUUUCCACCCCAUGGGCUUUAUUCAGCCACCUGGAAUGGUUUACUAUGGUCACCCCAACCAACCUCAUUAAACAUUCUUAUAGAUGGGAAGAGGUUUGAAAAUAACUAUACCAGUGUACAUGCAUGUGGGUAGAAAUGGAUAAUACGAAUGAGGAUAUAUUCAGAAAGUUACACGUGUAAAGGACUAUUGGUUGCCAUUGACAUCACAUUUCAUCAUAUUUUUGUGUUCUUGCGUGAUGUCUCCAUCAAUCUAUUUGGUAGUAUGAGGUAGCAUUGUGCGUUGGUGCUAAAGCUGGAACCAUGGAUGAAAUUUGAGGCUGUUUUGGAGAAGGAUGAACAUUUCCAAGCUCACGCUUGGGCUUGGUUUUCUGCCCCCUGAGGCGGGGCUAAAGUUUAUUAGGUUGUUGGCAACGGUCUUGGAAGCAAACAAAUCCAGCCUUUUACCAUCAGGGCCUGAAGCUUUCGCCUGCUGCUGUGGACGAAGAGUUACUUCCUGAACACGAGAACUUUUCAGUGCAAACCCUGUGUGCUCUAGCAGAAUGCGAUCCAAUCAUGGCCUAUGAGCACGCCAAAAAGCAAUGCCUAAUCAUGGCCAAGUCUCUCUUUCUGUCUCUGCCUGCCGGUGGCUGUGAUUCAAGUAUUUGUGCCGCAAAGCCAUGAAAAGCAAGCCUAGUGUUACCAUAUGAAUGUGUAUAUUUAUGACACAGUUUCAGGUAAACUUGUUCGAAGGGAUUAGAUAUGUCACUCUGUUUAACUAUUGUCUGCUUAUCUUGGAUAAAUUAUAGUUGAUUUGGUGGAGGAAUAUUAAAGUAUUGGGUAAUCCGCGUAUUAUGUUUGGAUGGAGAAUUAGUAAUCCUGGUAAGGUUCCCUUGCUUGAACUGAGUCUUGAUUUUACGAUUCACUCCGACAGUAUCAUACAUCGUGUCAAUGCAAAGGAAAUGAAUGCAUUUUCAUACUAUUCAAUAAAGAUAAUUAUGUUUAUCAAUUUCACUUAUUCUAAUGGAUAUUACAAAGUUUGCUCA